UGAGAACGUUUUUACAGCAUUUAAUAGAUCUAUUAAUCGUUACGAUCAGAUGGGAUUUGAUGAUAGGCAAUUACUUAUAGGAUCUUGGAAUCAAGACGCCACAGAUGAUGAAGAUAUCGGAGAACCAUAUAGUCUUUACGUUGUUAACUCAAUGGAUAGAGCUAAAUGUGUUAACUUUAUGGCUCCAGUAGUGGACUUAAGAAAUUAUGAACAUUGUUUUACUUUACAGGACUCAGUUCAGUUUAAUUUAUACCAUGGUGCGGCACUACUAAACGCUUACACUGUCUUUGGCAUAUUCUCUUGGGGAGAGAGACAAAACAAAAUAUUUCCCUUUGUAAUAUUGCGGAUUGCUGAUUUUAAGGAUUGGCUUGAAGACGUUAUUGUUUUAAACAAUGCGAUUUAAAAUAACUUUGUAGCUUGUAUUUUCCGAAUAAAAUGUUUAAACGAU